AAAUCCCCUUACACCAAUUGCGAAGUUGCUGCUUAAGAGUCUUCAGACUUGGAGAAGCCAUGGAAGUCCAACAAAUUUUCCACAUGAAUUGGGGAAAUGGAGAAACUAGCUACGCUUGUAACUCCAUACUUCAAAAACUAGUGAUAAACAUGGCAAAGCCGGUGGUGAUUGGGAGCAUUUCAGAUUUGUAUACCACCAACUUACCUCGAUGUUUAAGGAUUGCAGAUUUGGGCUGUUCUUCAGGGCCCAACACCCUACUGGUUAUCUCAGAGAUCAUUGAGGCUAUCGAUGAAACAUGUCAUGAGUUGAAGCUUAGUACACCUGAAUUCCAAGUGUUCCUCAAUGAUCUUCCAAGUAAUGACUUCAACAACAUUUUCAAGACCUUGCCGGCCUUCUAUGAGCAACUUAAGAAGGAGAAGGGUGAAAAGUUUGGGCCAUGUUCCAUCACUGGGUUACCUGGUUCUUUCUAUGACAGACUCUUUCCAAGCAAUUCUAUAGACUUCUUUCAUUCCUCUAACAGCGUUCACUGGCUCUCCCAGGUUCCUUCGAUGAUUGAGAAUAACAAAGGGAAUAUUUACUUGGCAAGGACAAAUCCUCCCAGUGUGGUCAAAGCAUACUUGGAGCAAUUUCAAAAAGAUUUUUCCUUAUUUCUUAGCUUGCGCGCCAAAGAAAUAACAUCAGGAGGACGAAUGGUCCUAACACUAGUAGGCAGGAGAAGUGAAGACCCCUUUGGCAAAGAGAGUUACCCUUGGGAGCAAUUGUCCAAGUCACUCAAUGAUUUGGCCUCAAAGGGUUUCAUUGAAGAAGCUAAAUUGGAUUCAUUCAAUAUGCCUUAUUACAUAUCUUCUCGAAAAGAAUUAGAGGGAAUAAUUUGUGCAGAAGGAUCUUUUUAUCUUGAUCAGUUUGAAAUCUUUGACGUCAAUUGGGAUGCAAGUGAUGAUGAUGCAGACAACAAAGAAUGCACGUUCAAUAGAUUUAUAACUGCACAGAAAGUGGCACAGUAUGUAAGAGCUGUGAUAGAAUCCUUGCUCGCUUGUCACUUUGGGGAUGUUGUAAUGGAUGUUCUAUUCAAUAGGUACAUGGAGUAUGUCACUGACCACCUAUCAAAGGAGGAGGGUAAGUUGACUAGUAUUGUCAUUUCCUUGAGAGGGAAGUGAAGCUUUGGGAUUUUG